CUCUACCUUUUUGCCUCUUUAUUACUCUCUUUUCCCCCAGUCUUCUCCUCAUUCUACGAUCUCCAACGUUCGCUUCACAUUUCUGCUUUAACACUCCAGAGCAAGGGAGAAAAGGAAAAACAUGGCGGCGGAAUUGCACAAAGGCUCCAUGUAUGUAGAACAAGACCCUGAAGCUUUCAAUAAUGGCGAUUUCCAAAAGAACGUUGACGAUGAUGGUCGCCCCAAAAGAACUGGGACUUGGGUAACCGCAAGUGCUCAUAUCAUCACUGCCGUGAUUGGCUCCGGCGUGCUGAGUCUGGCAUGGGCCAUGGCUCAGCUGGGCUGGGUAGCUGGCUUCGGAGUUCUCAUGGCUUUCUCCUUCAUCACCUACUUCACCUCCACCCUUCUGGCCGAUUGCUACCGUGCUCCUGACCCCGUCACCGGACGAAGAAACUAUACUUAUAUGGAGGCCGCCAGAACCCACUUAGGAGGAAGGAAAUUCCAGCUGUGUGGAUUGGCUCAAUACUCAAACCUGGUGGGAAUCAGCAUAGGUUAUACAAUAACUGCAUCAAUUAGUAUGGUGGCUGUUAAAAGAUCAAACUGCUUCCACCGCCACGGUUCCCGCAAUCAUUCCGAGUGUGAAACCUCCAACAACCCUUUCAUGAUCAUUUUUGCUUGUAUCCAGAUCCUUCUGAGUCAAAUCCCCAACUUCCACGAGCUCUCAUGGCUGUCCAUCCUCGCCGCCAUCAUGUCAUUCGCUUAUUCGUCCAUUGGUCUUGGCCUCUCCAUCACUAAAGUUGCCAGUGGGGGAACUGCGAGAACAUCGUUGACCGGAGUUCCAGUGGGUGUGGACCUGUCAGGAACACAGAAGGUGUGGGAAGCAUUCCGAGCCAUCGGGGAUAUUGCCUUUGCUUAUGCUUACACCACAGUUCUUGUCGAAAUUCAGGAUACGCUAAAAUCAAGCCCGCCGGAGAAUAAGAUGAUGAAAAGGGCAUCCGGUAUUGGUGUCUCAAUCACCACCCUCUUCUACAUCCUCUGUGGUUGUCUUGGUUAUGCCGCAUUUGGAAAUGAUGCACCGGGGAAUUUCCUCACCGGGUUUGGAUUCUAUGAGCCCUUUUGGUUAAUCGACUUUGCCAAUGUUUGCAUUGCCAUCCAUCUCAUUGGUGCUUACCAGGUUUUCUGUCAGCCUCUGUUCCAGUUUGUUGAGAGCAAAUGCGCGGAAAAAUGGCCUGAAAACAAGUUCAUAACAAGGGAGCAUGCAAUUGAUAUUCCAUUCGUUGGUAUAUACUAUAUGAACUUCUUCAGGUUGGUGUGGAGGACGGUGUAUGUCAUUGUGACGGCAGUGGUGGCCAUGAUCUUUCCAUUCUUCAAUGACAUUCUGGGUCUGCUAGGGGCAGCAUCAUUCUGGCCAUUAACAGUCUACUUCCCAAUAGAGAUGCACAUUGCACAGACAAAAAUGAGAAAGUAUUCUUUUACCUGGACAUGGUUGAAGGUGCUCAGCUGGGCCUGUUUGAUGGUGUCGCUAGUUGCUGCAGCAGGAUCUGUUGAAGGACUGGUGCAGAGUCUUAAGGCAUACAAGCCCUUCCAGAGCCAAGAAUGAUCCUAUCCACGCAAAAGUUAUAGUUUUCAAUAAGGAAAGCAAUUACAGACGCUGUGAUUCAUUUCCUUUUCUAUAUUACAAAACUACUUGUAGUUGUAUUUGUAUUUGUGUUGUGCUACUGCCAAAAAUGGAAAUAGAAUGCCUAGACAAAGGUAA